UCUGCAGUAAACACUUCAGCAUAAAUAGUAAGUGACAGCUGUGGUGAAGCUUCAUGUAUGAAACAACAGUAAGAAGCGUUACUGUGUCAAUAAUACAUCAGUGAAGUAAAAUGCUGAUUUACUUGGUGUAUUUUGUUGUGGUUAUUGUGUUUCUGCUUCUUUUACAUCAAGUUGUGCCAUACAAAUUCAACACUCUUAGGACUCACAUAUUAAUUGAUAAAAUUCCUGGACCUAAAGGUAUUCCAAUUUUAGGAAAUGCAUUACAGUUCAACGUUCCAACAGAAGAAUUCAUACCAAUCCUGAAGAAAAUAUAUGAUGAUUAUUAUCCUAUAUACAAAAUAUGGUUCCUGGGUGUCGCCAUAGUGUUUAUCGGUGAUCCAGAUGGCGUUGAGAAAAUCCUAAGUAGCCAGCAGCAUAUUACAAAAAGUGAUGAUUACUUGAUUCUGGAGCCAUGGCUGUGCAAAGGACUGUUAACCAGCACAGGUACCAAAUGGCAUGAAAGACGGAAGUUACUGACACCAGCAUUUCAUUUCAAAAUUUUGGAAGAUUACGUACAUGUAUUCAAUAAAAACAGUAGAAUACUGGUGAAUAAAUUAUCUGAAAAUACUCCAGAUUCAACAGUGAAUAUUUUCAAAUACAUGACAACCUGCACACUGGAUAUUAUAUGUGAGACUGCUAUGGGAACAUCAGUUAAUGCACAAAAUGGAGGCGAGGCUGAAUAUGUUGCAGCUGUCAAAAGAAUGAGUGAGCUGUUCCUGUACCGUCAGCUUCGAUUCUGGGUGCACAUGCCUCUGACGUUCAGAUUCUGUCCCGUAUAUCACGAACAGAAUCACGUGUUAAACAUAUUACACGGUUUCACAGAACGGAUAAUAAAAGAGCGUAAAGAGGAAUUUAGGUCAAGAAAUGCUAAUGAAAGGAAAAAUCUGAAAUCCAAACGAAUAUCACUGCUGGAUCUCCUUGUUGAGGUAGCGGAGCAAACGGGAGAACUAACAGACCUCGAUAUUAGGGAAGAAGUGGACACCUUCAUGUUUGAGGGACAUGAUACAACGGCAGCGUCCCUCACCUGGACUAUCUUCUUAAUUGGAUUGCAUCCUCACGUACAGGAAAAGAUAGAAGAAGAGUUAGAGGAGAUCUUCGGAGAGUCUGACCGUGAAGUAAAGAUGGAGGAUCUUAAUGCAAUGAAAUACCUGGAACAAGUUAUCAAGGAAAGCCUUCGUCUUUAUCCUAGUGUUCCCCAGUUCGGUAGGAAACUUGAUGUGGACCACGAAAUACAUGGAUAUAAACUUCCGGCCGGCACACACUGUGUCGUGAUGCCUUUAUUCAUGCACUUGAAUCCAGAACUAUAUCCAGAACCAUACAAGUUUGAUCCAGACCGUUUUACUCCUGACAAAAUUCAGGGACGCCAUCCAUUUGCUUACUUGCCAUUUAGUGCAGGUCCUAGAAAUUGCAUAGGUCAGAAAUUUGCAUUAAUGGAGGAGAAGAUUGUGCUGUCAACUGUUUUAAGAUCUUUCAGAAUAGAGUCUCUUGAGAAACCUGAGGACAUUAAGCUUACAGGAGAACUUAUUCUACGGCCGAAAGAUGGAAUCCGUGUGAAACUUACUAGGAAGCAAAGAAACAGUUCCUGAAAGAGCAUGUCCAUGAUUUAUUCAUAAAAAGUAUUUUUUCAUAGAACUCAUUUUUACACUUAUCCGCUGUGGAUAUAUUUAAUCACUGACAGUGGAUGUGUAUGUAAUCUGGCUGAAGUAUAAGCAUGUUCUGCUAACCUAUUUAAAAAAAGGUGAAAAGUA